UUGUGUGCGUGUGCUGCACAUAUAUAUGAGAGAUGCGCAAACCGACUUGAACACACACCACUUGUACCUUUUUCUUCUUCUCCUUCUCCUCCUUCUCUCUGCAUCUUUUUCUGUGUGUGUUCCUCUUUAAUUUCCUCUGUGGUGCCCAGAUUUCCUCGAUUCUCGUUCAAAUCCAUCGAAACGACAAAAAAAAUGGUGGAUCUCCAGACUGUGUGUUGUAUGUGCGGCGAUGUGGGGUUCCCGGACAAGCUCUUCCGCUGCUCCAAGUGCCGCAACCGCUUCCAGCACUCCUACUGCAGCAACUACUACAGCGAAUACGCGGAGCCAAUCGAGAUUUGCGAUUGGUGCCAAUGCGAGGAAAGGAACCCGUCGUCGUCAUCAUCGUCGAGGCAUGGGAAUUCCACGCCAACGGCAGCUAGGAAUAACAAGCAUGCAAAUGAAGCGAGGUCGGCUUACUCCGGCGACAAAAUCAAGCAGCAAAGGAGCGAGGAAGGCGGCUCCGCCGCGGAGAAAGCCGCCGGAAAAACCUCCUCGCCCCGCCCCUCCCCACGCAGGUACAAGCUUCUCAAGGAUGUAAUGUGCUGAUUGUGAAAACAAGUGGACCCAAACAGGAAAAAAGGAAAAAGAAAAAAGAAAAGAAAAAAGAAAAUCUCUUGUGCCGUAGUUGUCUAUAUAUAUAAAUAUAUAAUUUCUAUAAACUAGUAUUAGUAGUGAUAGUUGGAAGUUGUUUUCAGUGUUUUUUUGACUUUAAAUGAGUUUUACUAGGCCCAUGUUCUCAUAUUCUAAUAAUAUUUUGUUAUUAUAUAUAUGUGGAAAUGUAACUCUUAAUGUUGUGUUAUA